AUGGAAGUCCCGGCAGUGCUGCAACCGGGAGACAGGGAGGAUGCGAUCGGGCGCGUGUUGGCGGCAAGGUACCCUUCCGGCGCGCUCUUGGGUGACAACUCGGUCAUCCGUCCAUCUCCGCCGGAUGCCUUGCAGAGGUAUCGCAGCCUGGCAAACCAGAUUCAUCCAGAACGCUGUGUGGACCCACGAGCCGAGAAGGCCUUCGUGCGUGCAUCUCAAGCUUUUGAUGUGCUGUGCGAGAUGGACUCCGACCCUGACAACUCGCCCAAUUUCGCCGCAUGGGAGGCCUCUAUCUCACAACCAGCAGACAUGGCUUCCUGCAGUGGGAGAUGGUGGGGCGUGAGUACUGUGGCAGAUCUUGAUCGUUGCUUGGAGUUUCGCUCUGUUGCCAUGGAUAUUCUUUUCAAGCUGACAGCUCGUGCCGAUGAAACUCGCAUCCCUCUUGAGAAGCUGAUCCGGGACGGCGAGAAGAUCUGUGAGCAUUUGGAUAGGCAGCAACAAAUCCCGCGCCAUCGCCUGUGGCCUGCUAAGCGUGCGAAAUCUCGAGGAUCCGACGCAGCAGUGUUGCGCUAUUUGGACUUGUUGUGCCACCUGCGUAGCGUACACUGCUUUUGUCAACUUAGCAACCAGCACUUUCAUCACUCAGUGGAGCUGCUCGCAGCUUCGCCCGUCACACGGGCGGACAUGGAAGCGUUGCUAGCAAAAGCCCUGGCGCCAGAGACCGAGGCUUUGCGCCAACCUGAGCCGCAUGUCAAGCGCAUGGGCGACGAAACAGGAUUGGAUCCACUCGACGAGUACAUGGCUGCAAUAGACAUGGCUGCCAAGGAAGCCAUUUGUUCUGCAGCGUCGCAAAAAGUAUCAGACACAGGAAACGCAGAAACUGGGUUGCGCCAAGAUCCCUCAACUGCAAACCAAGCGUCUGCGGAGCGGCGGCCGAGUGGGCCGAGUGAGACACUUCAUCGAACUGCAGAAGCAGCUGGAGCCGAAGGGCGAGUGGCUGAGUCUGCAGGGAAAGCAGCGGCGGGGAAGGCUGCAGCCCAACGAUGCCUCCAGAAUCAUCUGUUGGGCGACCUGCUUUCGGAUGAGUCCGAGCUCGAAGCAGACUGA